CGGCCGGGGCCCAGAGCGCAGAGUAGCAGCCGCCCAGCCCCGCGCCGGUCCAGCCACCUGCCCGGGAUGCCGCGGGUCCGCGCCGCGCUCACCAUGCUGCUGCCCGCCCGGACGCCCGAGGACCUGCCGGCCAUGCGGCUGCUCGCCUGUCUCCUGCAGCUGCUGUCCGGCCUGGCGCUGCCCGCCGCGCCCCCCCAGCCUUCGGCCUUGUCUGCGGGGAACAGCUCUUCUGAGGCAGAAGUGGUGCCCUUCCAGGAAGUGUGGGGCCGCAGCUACUGCCGGGCGCUGGAGCGGCUGGUGGACGUGGUGGAGGAGUUCCCGAGCGAGGUGGAGCACAUGUUCAGCCCGUCCUGCGUCCCCCUGCUGCGCUGCACCGGCUGCUGUGGUGACGAGAACCUGCACUGUGUGCCUGUGCUCACAGCCAACGUCACCAUGCAGCUGCUGAAGAUCCGUUCGGGGGACCCCCCGUCCUAUGUGGAGCUGCGGUUCAUACAGCACGUGAGCUGCGAGUGCAGGCCGCUGCGGGAGAAGAUGAAGCCCGAGAGGAGGAGACCCAAAGGCGGGGGCAAGAGGAAGAGAGAGAAGCAGAGACCCACAGACUGCCGCCUGUGCGGGGAGACUGCUCCCAGGAGGUAGCCGGCCCCUGCAGAGGACACCCCAUCCGCUCGUGUAUUUAUUACUGUCGCACUCAGCCCCCAUGGCACCCCUAUUUAUUAGCUGCACGCAGCCCUGCUGAGACCACCGGGCCGGGGCCGGGCACGGACGGGGCCUCACCCGACAGGAGAGAAGCAAGGUGGCUGCUCAGAGCUGCAGGACAAGCCAGGACCUUCAGGGGCUGGACGGCGAGGCCACUACCUUGUCUGACUUGGGGAGCCCAUGGCCACGGUGGGGUCCCCUGGAGCCAGACUGCUGGGGUCCACUGAGCAGCCACUGCCCAGGUCGCAGCCACGCAUCCCCGUCAGCCCACUCCCGCCACCUUGAGAUGGAACACAGGGCCCCAAAAUGUGGCUGGGGCAUCGAGGACCUGGGAAAGAGAGGGACCCCUGCUCCCAGGAUGUGGAGCAAGUGGCCCCCUGCAGCUGUCUGUCUGCCAAGCCAGAUUCUCUUGAAUAAAGUAUUCUAGUCUGGA